UUAAAAAGAAAUGCCUGACCCAUCGAUCUGCAGUAGCGCAAUGCAGUCAGUUGCAAUUGGAAUCUCAGCACUGCUGUUUCUGCUCCCCGUCCCGGGAUCAUCGCAAUAUCUGGACGGAAGGUGCGGACUUCUGCCGAAUGGGAAGAUCGCGGAUGAUAUGUCCAGUCCGUGGAUGGCUUAUAUACACACUUCGGAAUUGCUAUACGUGUGCGGCGGAAGUGUGAUAACUGAAAAAUUAGUUCUGACUGCAGCGCAUUGCACAAGGGCCAACGAACAAUUAGUGGUUCGUGUGGGAGAGUUUAUGGAAGCAGAUGACGAUGGCGAUGGCACCAUAUUAUCACAGCACCAAGUAAUCCAAACCUUUAUACAUCCCUUAUACAAUAUGACCGCAAAUGCCAAUGACAUAGCAAUUUUCGGUUUGGCGACGGAUAUUGUGUUCUCUAAAACCAUUAAGCCUAUUUGCAUAUUGUGGUGGACAAUUUGGAGAGGUUAUAUCGACAGCAUCCAGGUGCUAAGCGGUGCACGGUGGGGUCAGCCCAAGGAUCGAAAUGAAAGCUAUCCAUUUAGCAUUACGGACAUCAGACGGCAACCAGCAACUAUGUGUUCCAUCUUGAAUGGCACUGCACUUUUGAGCAGCCAAUUUUGCGCAGGAGACUCCGAUACAAAACUGUGCAACGCAGACUAUAGCAGUCCUCUGGGAGCCAUUAUAACCUUCAACAAAUUCAAGCGCUUUGUCCUAAUCGGCAUUGCAACCACUAACCAAAGCUGUAAUAGGGCAAGCGUUUAUACGGAUGUCCUGAGCUACACCGAAUUCAUCCUUUCAGUAUGGCGGCACUACCGCAAAGGUGAAAGACAACCUUCUCAGCGUGGGCCUGCAUACACGAACGCGUCCACUUUGACGGAGGAGGUGCUGCGAGAAGAAGGACGGCCUCCGAAACUUCCGGAAAAUCCCGAUUUUGUUUGAACAAUUAAAAUGCCUGAAUAGCCGGAGUGCCCGCCCACAUGCCAACCGACAGCACAUUAACUACAAAUUACAUUCACAUUAGUGUUUCGGAAUUUUGCAGCCUGCCCAUCCGGUCGGUUCCUUGGUCCUCGUUCCUUGGUCCUUGGUCCUUGGUCCUUGGCCCUUGGUUCUUUUGCUGUGUUCCUUCUUCCUGGUUCCUCGAUUCGGCCUGCUCGUGCUCGUCCCCGUCCUCUUGUGCUUUUCAUUUCGUUGCCGUACUUUUUUUUUCACCAAACACCUAAUAAAUCAAAGCGGACUCGUGAGAGACCCCAGGAGUAUGCUUGUUAAA